AUGACCUCAUACCUACUGUGGGUGGCGUCGCAGGAGCUGGGCGCGCGCCGCAGCUCGCUGGCCGACAAGCUGGCGCGCAAGGAACGCCGCCGCGACAAGCGCCGCCGCCGCCAGCGCGCGCUGGACGGCGCGCCCGACGAGCCCGACGACGGUGAGUGCCGUGCCUGUUGUACUAUAGGAAAAUGCAUUUUAUACCACAUGCCCACCCGCAUCAUCACUCACACACUCGACCAGACGACCGAGGUAGACCAGGCCGCUAUCACUCUCCACUCUGCUAUCAGAGAAGUAAGAAUAAAAUCCUUUAGGUAUGCUGAUUUUAGUGACGUUUUUCUUCGCUCUAUUAGCAAGCUG